CACCUCCCACUUCCCACCUUUCCUAAAAACUCACUCGCACCACCACCACCAACCCUCUUUUCUCCUUAAUAUUUCAUCUCCAUAUCAGACAAUCCGACACCAUGUCGUCCACGAUAUAGAUCAGAUCCAUCGUCGUCUUCUACAACACUGGAGUCCCUCGUCUUCGACUAUGGCCAAACCUCCGCUUCGGCCUCCAAAGGGCCGACGUGGAGGAUCGAAACCGAAAACCAUGUUGACUUGGGCCAUUUUCCUGCUCCUCAUAGCUGCAGCUCACCCUCAGUCCCUUCCUCCGUCCGAUGCUCCUCAGAGAUUGGUGGCUUCGACCCAGAGCCUGCGCUCAGAGUCGAGUCGUCCGUCCGCUCCGGCUGGCCGCAGUCCAGCAGAGAUCCCGCUUCUCAAAAACGACAUCACCACCGUUAAGUUUCGAAGCACCGAUGAAAACCCCGAAAACCACAAGCUCCGUGCCUUGGCUCCAGCCCACGACUCCUUGAGUAGUAGUGGUGCUGUCAGAGCACCUCUUGCACAGUCUGACGAGUCCUUGUCUCAGGGACUCUCUGCGCUUUCAGCGCGGCUGCUGCAGGAUUGGGAGGUGGAGAACAUUGUCCUACUAGCCACCAUUGAUGGCACCAUACAUGCCCGUGACAGGAAGACCGGCAAUGAGAGGUGGUCACUGGGCAUUCCAGACAGUCCCAUGAUCCAGACCAUCCACCACAAAUUGAAUCGGAGUGACCCGGAGGUGGACGGUUCACAAUACGAGGACGACUACAUGUUCAUCGUCGAGCCGAGUAAAGAUGGCAACCUCUACAUUCAACACCGAGACCCCAGAAUAGGUCUACAACGACUGGGUAUCACCGUCAGAUCCCUGGCGGCCGAAACGCCGCAGUUUGUCGAUGAUCCCCCUCUUGUCACGAUUUCCUCUCAGGAGACAACGGCAUACGUUGUAGAUGCAGCCACUGGUAAUAUCCUACAGCAAUUUGACAAAUACCGGGGCUUUUCCAAUGACGACCAAGGCCGCAGCUGCCGGCGACUCAGUGGUUUCGAAUUGGAUGACCCUGCAUGUGAUCCGAUUGGAACUAUCAACCUGGGAAGAGUCGAGUACACCAUUGAGAUAUCCCACAAGAUCACAACUCAGCCUCUCUGCACAAUCAAGUUCGCCGAAUGGGUUCCAAACAAGGGCGACAGCGAUCUCCAAGACCAGUAUGUCGCUCCAUUGGACAACUACCAAAUCCAGAGCUAUUACAAUGGCCGAAUUAUUGGCAUCGACAGCACUGCCGACUCUGGCAAGGUUCCCCGGUUCACCCACAUGUUCGAUACUCCUGUAGCCCGAGUGUUUGAUGUUGUUCGUCCCCUGGACAAUCGAGAUGAAUCUGCCAAGCUGGUCUUGUUAGCACGACCCACGGACUCGCCUCUCCUCUCCUCUCCCGAGAUCUGGAGGAACGAAAUGCAGCGAGCUGAGAGGGUUUUUGUGAACAAAACUGAGUCCGGCGUUUGGUACGCUAUGUCCGAGUUGUCGUACCCCGGCGUGACCAGUGGUGCGUCGCCUGCAAGCUCAAACUGGAAUUAUGACAGUCAGCCAUUGGAUUUUGACGGCAACUUGGAAGAAAUUGUCGGUGUCCACGUGCUCUCCACAGAACCGAACCUCACCCCCCUCAGGUUGACGAUCUCCGGCCCUCCCCCAGUGACGGAUUUGGCUGAGGAGGCAGAGAAGGCAAUGGCAGCACUGGAGGCCAAGAUUCCCCCAUCCUUGGUACCUGUGAUCAACCAUCCGCUAUUAUCCGUCUUUAAUAUCAUCUGCGCGAGCAUUAUCUUAUUUGUGGUUGGAUUGCAGAUGAGGAUACCGCUUAUGUUGAAGAUGCAACGCCUCCUCCGAAAGGCAGGCGUAGAGGUCGCGGUGGAGAAGACUCGGACUCAAGCGACCCCCGGUGCUCCAGCUCCAGCUACCACAGACCAGCAAGAAGACCAAGUGGCUGAGGUUACAGGGGAGAAAGACACCGCUGAAGUUGUCUCUGAAAUCCUGGAGGACGUAAUCAAAACACCUGUUAGGAGCCGAGCUCAAAGUGCUGCAGUCUCGGUUGCCAGCCCUGCAAAGACUGUCAAAGUGUUUGAACCCAAUGAUGAGAGCUCAGAUGGCGAAUCAGAAGAUGAAAAGAACAAGGACGAGUCUAAUACUAAUGAAAACGCCGAGAACGGUGCACAACCUCGCCGGCGAACUGCCAAGAGAGGGAAGCGAGGUGGAAAGAGGAACAAAAAGGGCAAGAAAACAAUGGAUCCGGAGGCUAUGGAUGAAAAGGAACAACUUGUCGUAGAAGUUCCCACAAAGGACGGCCUUCUCCAGGUUGGAAAGCUCAGAAUCGACACCAGGGAAGAUCGAUGCCUGGGCCGUGGAAGCAAUGGUACAGCAGUUUUUCCUGGCUCACUGGACGGCAGAGAAGUCGCAGUCAAGCGUUUGAUUCGUUCCUCGAACAGCCUGGCUGCCAAAGAGAUCAAGCAUCUACUGUCUAGCGAUGAGAACCCGCACGUCAUCCGAUACUUCGGAAAGGAGGAAUCGCAACACUUCACCUACAUCGCACUCGAGCGGUUCACCACAUCUCUGGAUCAGUUCAUCGAGCGACCUCUCCAGUAUCCCGAAUUGGUGAAGAUGCCGGAGGGAUUUGACGUCAAGGACACUCUACGACAGAUUACGGACGGUGUGCAACAUCUGCAUUCACUCAAAUUGGUGCAUCGAGACAUCAAGCCUCAGAAUGUCCUGGUCAAGGCUGUUAAGAGCAAUCGUCCUACCAAUGGCUUGCCGAAACUGCAAUUUGUGAUUUCCGACUUCGGUUUAUGCAAGCCACUCGAGGAAGGCCCGGAAUCGACUUUCGCUCCAACUGCGAAUCAUACAGCUGCCGGCACAACAGGCUGGAGAGCGCCAGAGUUGCUUGUCGGCUCUAGAUCGGCAGUGACACCGAAUUCUAGUUCGACUACCGCUUCCAAAUCCACCACCCACUCUAGCGAAGGUACUGUCAUUGAUCGUCCAUCAGGCCGUCGUGCAACCAAGGCAAUCGACAUCUUUUCCUUGGGGUGUGUCUUCUACUAUGUCAUGACUCAAGGUCGUCAUCCUUUUGAUGUUGGGGGUACUAGCCUCGGUCGAGACCUGAACAUCAAAGAGAACAAGUUCAGCACAGAAGACUUACGACUGUAUGAGUACCAGUUCGAUGCCGACGACCUUGUUAUGCAAAUGCUCAAACACGACCCCAAAGAGCGACCUGACACGGGACAAAUACUUCGUCACCCUUAUUUCUGGGACGUGGCCGAUAAGCUGGAAUUCCUCUGCGACGUAUCGGAUUGCUACGAGCGGGAGAAGAAUUCCAUCAGCAACAUCUUCGACGAAACCGCGAUACGCACCUCUGCGGAGAAGAAUUCUCUUGCCGAGCUCGCCGCGCUAGAAUCCCUUGCACCCAACGUCAUCGGAUCAUCUAAGGAUUGGCUUCGCGCUCUGCCCAAAACCUUUCUCACAGAAAUGGGCAAGCAGCGCAAAUACAGUGGUACUAAAAUGAUCGACUUGUUGAGAGUGAUCCGCAACAAGAAGAACCACUUCCACGACUUGCCACAGGACGUGAAAGAGCAGAUGCUGGGUGGGAGUGCCAAGGGAUACUAUGAAUUUUGGGCAAAGCGGUUCCCGAGCCUGCUGAUUAACUGCCACUGCCUUAUCCUGGAACGCGGGUUGGUCGAGCGGUUCAGGAUGGAGAGGUGGUUUCUGGAGUGAGUUGGGAACGUGAGUUUGGGAAAAGGAUAUAUACCACAGUAUAUCACAUGAAAUGCGAGAAAUUUUAAGAUA